GACUGGAAAACCGUGCAUGAACCAGAGACAUGAAGUCAAGAAUGAUGGACUUCCUUUAGAUGCCACAAGCAGGGAACAUAAGAGUGGAUAUGUAUUUCUUCAUGCUUGUGCUUGUGGCCGCUCUCGACAAUUAAGAGCCGACCCUUUUGAUUUUGAAUCUGCUAAUAUCAAAUUUAAUAUAUUUUCUGAGUGUGAUAAGCUUCUUCCUAUGCUGCAACUGCCAAAAUUGAGUGACAAUUGGCCUAUUCAGCCUUCAUCAUGGACUGUGGUUCGGCUUGGAGGGGCACAGUACUAUGAUUCUUCUAAAGGUUUGCUUCAAGCUGGAUUUCCGCAUGAUCAAAAGUUCCUUUUGAAAUGGACUAUUGUUCUUCAGAAAGAGAAGCACUCAAAUGUUUCCUUUGCUAAUGCUCUGAGGCAAGGUUCCUUCCGCAGUAAACCAGACUUUAAACUUGAAUCAACUGCUGUCAAGGAUGCCAAGAAAAGCACUACAUUGCCGGUGGAGCCAGGUGAAGAACAAAAUGGAAUGGAAGGUCACGGAAAAGUUGUGAACGAUUCAAUAUCUGACCAUAGAAAGAUCAGUUUUGGUAGAGGUCUUCCAAUUACCACAAUGAAGAAAGCUUUUUCUGAGGUUGUUGCUGGAUCAACGACGUCUAAUUCUGCAUUUCCCCCUUUACAACCAAAGGCACAGCUGGCGUCUGGUCCAGGAAAAGGUGUUAAGAAAAUUGCUGUAAGAGUUGCAAGCACAGAGCAAAGUCACAUUUCUGCCACUGAUGCUCAAAGAUCUGAAAAAUCUGAAGAGGUCUCUUCUGCAGGAGCAGAGAACAAAUCUGGGUUGAACAAUGCUGGCCAUGUUGAUGGUAAUCCUUUCUUGCAUAUAGGUAGCAAUGUAAUUCCGUUAAAUGUUGAUGAUGGUAAAAAAGCUUCUGAGAACAAUAAUGCCAAUGGGGGAAAGACUAUGUUUGAUCCUUCGGUUAGGCAUUUCGUAGUUUAUGUUGGUUUUGAGCAUGAAUGCCCGCGUGGCCACCGCUAUAUAUUAUCUUCAGAAAUUUUGAAUCAACUUGGGCAACCAUACUCGUUGCCUGAAGGAUCUCAGGUUACUCGUCCUGUGGAACAUGUUAAUCGUAAGAAUAGGGGUCCCUUGAAAUCGGGCAAGAGUGAUCUCCAUGGUAAAGUGCAUCGGUCGCCAAGUGGUAAUGCUACAACACACAAAGUUAGCAAUUUGGAAAAAGCUAAUGAAGCUGUGGUUGACAGCAACCUUGCUGUGAAUGGAAUAUCAUUGUCUAAACCAGUGGAACAUACACUUUUUGAUUCAUCAAUUCCACCUAAUUCUGUUACAGAUCUUCAACAGAGUCACCAUUCUCUAAAUGUGGAGAAUAAUGGGCCUGCAUUCUCAUUGCUAAACAGAAAUUUACCACUGUACCUAAAUUGCCCGCAUUGCAGGACAUCAAAGAAUAAGAAGGAUGGGCAAAAUUUGAAGUUUGCAGGCACAAUAUCUCAGUUACAGAGGAUUUUUGUGGUUACACCUCCUUUUCCUGUUGUAUUAGCAACCAACCCUGUUUUACAGUUUGAGGAGCCCCAUCAACUGGAAGGUGUUUCAAGUCACGAACAGCUGCUGCAAUUCAGCCUUGGAUGUCAAGUUAUAUUGCCUCCAGAGAGUUUUGUCUCAAUCAGACUCCCCUUUGUCUAUGGCUUGGAGGUCAAAGAUAAGGGAUUAAUUCCUCUUAAUCCAUUUGAACACCAACCUGAAUUGACUGCCCGAAUCAUGCAAGGCACAGCACUGCAGGCCAUUUGGAAAGGAGGAAGUCCCGACUAGUAGCUUUGCAAAUACAUUUGAUUAUCUUGGGAAAAAGCCUCUGACUAAAUCAGGACUCAGGAGCACACAAGGCUGAAGCUGUCACCAAACUUGUGUCCGUCCUACCAAGGGGUACAUUCAAGCUUGUUUGAGUUUCUUGGUUUUUAAGAGGCAAUUGAAGACCAGAGGUUGUUGGUGAAACAGUUACCUGAUUGAUUACAUCACAAGUCUCCUCAUUUUGGCGGUGUUUAGUUGAUUGGGCCUAAUGUGUAGGAACCUCAGGGGCUAGCAUUUGCUUGCAUAUUGCUGAAGUAGGAGAAAAUUGGGAUACUGGUUACUUGGUUAGAAGUAUCUGAUCAGCUUGAUGGUUGAAGGGUUGCAGUGGUUAAUACAGCGAGCCACCUAGACUACAAUUAAGUGAAGCACUCUGAUAUCGCGAUGCCUACUCUACCAACUUGCAAGUGAAUCGGAGCAGGGAGUAUAGCUUCUAAGGUUUCGUCUGGAUAUUGGCCCUCAUCUACAACAAAUCUGAUCACCCUGUAACAUAUUGCAGAGAACACUCGAUAAAAAUGCUAAUACUCCUUGGGGUAUCACCGUAUCAUAAUGUGCACCCCUCUGUUUAUAUUGUCUGCAGAACCCACAGCAAAAUUCCUGCAACCAACAAAAUGGAUUGAGAACAUGAUUGCUCUUCAAUACGAAGCUCUAUUGUCAAAUUUAUCCAGAGAAGACUUUUGAUAGAAUGUGAAAGUGGCUCUCAUUCAAAAAAUGGUGUUUGAGGAUCAUCUAAAGAUUCUGGUUUUUGGAAUGAGUUGAACAUUGGAUAAUGAAGAGGAGCUAUUUUGCCUACUAUAUCCAUUUUUAAGUACUUGCAACAUUUUACAUUCAUCUAAUUUUGGCGAGCUUGGGGAGUCGGAGUUCAAAUAUCUGUACAAGAUUGGUUUGUGUAGGAGAUUAUUGUGUUUGUGAACAAUUCUUUUAUUAUUGAGUUGAGUUCAUCACCGAGAUUUAUAAACGAGUUUUGCACUUGUAA